AUGAAAGCCUUCCCAUUUUCUCUUAUGGACAAGGCUAAAGAUUGGCUCUAUGAACUAGCACCUAGAACCGUUACUUCUUGGGAAAGUACGAAGAAAGCAUUCUUAGAGAAAUUCUUCCCAACUUCAAGAGUCAUUCUUUUGAGGAAGAAAAUAAGUGGAAUUCAACAAGGCCCGGGAGAAUCCUUUCCAGUGUACUAUGAGUGUUUUAAUACGUUAGUUGCAUCCUGCCCACAACAUCAAAUGAAGGAAGAGCUUUUAAUUCAAUAUUUCUAUGAAGGACUACUUCCACUGGAGAGACAAAUGCUUGAUGCUUCAGAGGAGGUGCUUUGGUUGACAAAACACCAGUUGCUGCGAAGAUCUUAA